UCUUGUUCCACCACCACUCUUGUCCCUCUGCUACAUCCCGACGAGGAAACGCCGUGCUGUCAUAAGAUUCCCUCCUUCCCUCCCUCCCUCUCUCUCUCUCUCUCUCUCUACUUUCCCUUUCUCUUUCCCAUCAAUUUUCUCGAGAAACAAACACUCCCCCUGUCUCUCUCUCUCUCUAGCUCGCCGCCUCCGUCUCUCCUCUCCGUCCAAACGCGCCAUGGCCGCCGUAAUCUAGCCGCCGGCUCGGCCGUCGUCGCCUCCUUCUCUCUCUCUCUCUCUCUCUCUCUGCGCCCGCCGAUUUGAGCGGUGGUUGUUGGUGCGAGUUUGAAAAUUUUGCCCCGUUUUUUUUGUUUCUUUUCUUUGCUUCUUCUUCUUCUUCUGGUGGGGGGUUUGUGCGUGUGUGGGAGAGAUGGGCUGCGCCGGCUCCAAGCUGGACGAUCUCCCCGCCGUCGCGCUGUGCCGCGAGCGGUGCGGCUUCCUCGACCUGGCGAUCCGGCACCGGUACGACCUCGCCCAGGCCCACGUCACCUACAUGGCGUCGAUGAGGGGCGUCGGCCACUCCCUCCGCGAGUUCCUCUCCCACGGCGGAGGCGGCGGCGGCGCCUCGGGGGGCCACGUCCUCAACCUGCCCCCGCAGAAGAAGGGGGACCGCGGGGUCGCCGCCUUCGCGAAUUCACCCCCCAAGGGGUCCAAUCACGGCGAUCACCUCGACUUCCCCUCCGAUUCCGACGCCAGUUCUCUCUCCGACGAGCUCCAUCGCUCGGGCGGCUCCUCGCCUCUGCACGGUCACGAUGGCCACCACAUUGAGUACAUGAGUUCGGAUCAGGAGCCGCCGCCAGGUAUGGGUAUGGGUAUGGGCACGGGCACGGGCAUGGGAAUGGGUAUGGGCUCGUAUCAAGGUGGUGAUUUUUUGCACAUGAAUUACAUGAAGAGUAAAGCGACGUCCUCUGUGGUCUACGAGCAAAAGCCCGUGACUUCGGAGACUGUUUACAUGGGCGAAUCGUCGUCUUCUAAUUAUCUUCCUUACCCAAAUAGUAACUCAGCUCCUUAUCCCUAUUCUGCUUAUGGUAAUCUUGGCUAUGGCGGUUCAGCUGGUGGGUACUAUGGUUCUCAGACAAAUUACGGAUCUUUGUCUCCGCUCCGGCGGCAGGCGGAGGAGAAGCCGCCGCCAGCGCCCCCCUCGCCUCCUCAGACCUCCACGUGGGACUUUCUGAAUUUUUUCGAUGACAAGUUUUAUCCGGCUUACACGCCGGGCAGGAACUCAAAGGAGUUGAGGGAAGAGGAAGGGAUUCCUGAUCUGGAGGAUGAGCACGAGGUGGUGAAGGAAGUCCAUGGAAAACCAAAGUUUGUUGAUGUUGGGAAUCAUCUGAAAUCUGUGGUGGUUGAUGAUGAUGAGGAGGAGGAGGAAGAAGAUGGGAAAGUCCAUAGUGGUGCAUCGACCUCUAUGUAUCAAGCCAGGCCUAGUGUUUCAAUCGAUAAUGCUAAUGAUGGGGCGGAGUACGAGGUCCACAUGGUGGAGAAGAAGGUCGUUGAUGGUGAAGGAAGGUCGGACGAAGGCGGCAAUGCCUCCAGGUUCAAGGGUAUUCGGAAUGUUUCUGAAUUGGUGAGAGAAAUCGAGGUUCAAUUUGAGAGAGCGGCAGAGUCAGGACAUGAGAUUGCCAAGAUGCUGGAAGCGGGGAAGGUUCCUUAUAAGCGUAAAGGUCAAGCAGUUUCUACGAAGAAGGCACAUGGCCAUACUCCUUCAUUCUCGGUAGUAUCGGCGCAGCCGCCUUCUUCCAAGGGCGCUGAGCCGUCAGCCUCUGCUGGAAAUGCCGGGCCAGCUUCCUUGGGUUUUGUUGAAGAGAUGGGAAUGAGGUCGGGAAAUCUUUCUUCCACUUUGCACAAGCUCCAUCUCUGGGAAAAGAAGCUGUAUAACGAGGUUAAGGCUGAGGAAAAGAUGCGUGUCAUUCACGACAGGAAGGUCCAGAGGUUGAAACAUUUGGUUGACAGUGGUGCUGAGGCUACCAAGAAGGAGUUAACUAGGAACAUGAUCAGAAGUCUAUCAACAAAGAUAAGAAUUGCAAUUCAGGUUGUUGACAAGAUAUCUGUCACUAUCAACAAGAUAAGAGACGAAGAACUAUGGCCGCAGAUAAAUGAAUUGAUAGAAGGGUUAAUGAGAAUGUGGAAAUGUUUACUUGAAUGCCACCGGAAUCAGUGUCAAGCAAUGAAGGAAGCUCAGAGUUUUGGUCCCAUUGGAUCUGCAAGAAAGCUUGGAGAUGCGUCUCCUGAAACCUUACUGCAGUUCCAGCGUGAACUUGUCAACUGGGCUAACCGAUUCACCAGUUGGGUAACUGCGCAGAAGGAAUACGUCAGGGCUUUAAACAAUUGGCUUCUAAAAUGUCUUCUUUACGAGCCUGAAGAAACUGCUGAUGGAGUAGUUCCCUUCUCACCUGGUAGGAUAGGCGCACCUCCAAUAUUCGUAAUUUGUCAUCAGUGGUCGCAAGCUAUGGAUAGAAUAUCUGAGAAGGAAGUUGUAACUGCCAUGUUUGGCUUCACAUCCAGUGUUUUUCAGCUCAGGGAGCGGGACAAGUUGGAGAUGCGCCAGAGGAUGAUGGCGAAUAAGGACUUGGAGAGAGUAGUAAGGGACUUGGACAGAGAGGACCAGAAAAUACAUAAAGAAAUUCAGGCACUGGAAAAGAAAAUCAGUCGGAACUCAGGGCAUGGUGAUAUCCCAUCAUUAACAGGGCAACUCGUAUAUCAGAGCGAUGUCAGUAGUAGUAAUAACUUUCAGGCAAAUUUGCAACGAGUUUUCGAGGCAAUGGAGAGGUAUACUGCGGACUCUAUGCAGGCAUACGAGGAACUAAUGCAACGGAGUGAGGAAGAAAUCAAGAUCGCUCAGGAGCGCGUGGGUGUUUCAUGAGACUGUGACAAGUGCUCAUUUUAAUCGAUCUGCAAUCUGAGGAUUGGCUUGCCGCCUGUAUGUUUGAUUCGAGGGUUCACAGUUUAUCAUUUCUCCUGCUGGACAUCUGAAUCUCCUGCUGGGCCUGCCUCCCCUUAUGGAAGAGUCCAAUGAAAGCUCUUUUAUUUGUUCAAGGACUUGGCCAUGGGAAUAGGAGAUCUCGACUCGCAGUUUUUUCAGUAUAGUGGAUCUUGGGAUAGUUAUAAUGACAACAGUGAGAGACAUUGAACAGCAGUGGCAAACAUUAGUCCAGAGCUAGGGUUAUCGCAUUGCUGCGGAGAAAUGGCAGUGAGUGCCCAGGAUAUCUGAAAACUAAGGCAACGGGUCAUGUUUAAGAUAGCGAAGGUUCUCCUGUUGGAGAUGGGGCUUGCAUGUGCGGGGUGAAGUUUCAUCUCCCAUUCUGACACGCCCUUUGCGAUGGACGGAAAGAACUAUGUUACCGUCCGAUGUCCGCCCAGUUUGUACAGUUCCAUUUCCCUCAGUUUUGCAUCAGUAUAGUUGGAGGGUUAGGAAGUUUUCCUUAGAGUAAAUGCACUGAAGGUGCCUGUAUGUUCAACCGGAACCAUGUAAGAUCUAUUUGCUGCUACCAAACAUUUCAUUUAUUGUUGUACAUUGAUAGAUUAAGGGCCUGUUUAAUAAAA